GAAGGUAAUCGAGGUAAUUGCCGUUAAGACCAUCGCAACGCUCGCGUCAAGGUCGGCCAAAACUCUCGAUUUCCUAAUCUCGCGAAUACGAAAACAAACGUGCGGCCGCCGCGCGCUCGUUACGAAAGUCAAGGAUGCGCCGACGGUAGUCCACCUUGAGUAUACAUGGACGGCGUCGAUUCCGCACAAUGCGAAACUGUAUCAGUCGCGUAGUGUAAGUGAUUCAGCAGCGAUGCGUCGCGAAUUCGCUUAUCGCGGCGUUAUCGCCAACAAGGAGAAUAGACGCGAUACGAGAGCAUCGCCGCCGCCGCCGUCAUUACCAAUGUUACGUCGUACCGUGUGGCAUGAGGUGCGCCACCACCGCCAACGCUACGCCUGGGACUGCGGACUCGCUUGCGUGCAGAUGGUAUUACCGGAACAACAUGCGCGGCAACUUGAAACAAACUUUCAUAGUAUAUGUCAAGAUGAAGGCAUAGCAAAAAGUACAUGGACGAUAGAUCUGUGCUAUAUUCUGCGCCGCUUCGCCCUCCCGCACGCAUUCUACACAUUAACUCUUGGUGCGCAUACCGGAUACAAGCAAGCAGCGUUUUACUCGUCAAUCUUCGCCAGCGAUGAAGACCGAGUCAACCGGCGAUUUGCGGAAGCGGAAGCACUCGGUUUGCGCGUGCGCCGCUCGUCAUUGACACUCGCGGGAGUGCUAGCGCGCUUGCGUCGUGGACCUGCGAUUGCGCUGAUUGAUUCGUCAAGAGUUGCGUGUCCAGUGUGUAAGCGCAAUCGGCUUUCAGUGGAACUUCGAAAAUGUUUGCCGAUUCCACUACCGGCGCCCGCCUACCUUGGGCAUUUCAUCGUACUGUGCGGAUACGAUUUGCGAUCUCGGGCUAUAUACUACCGGAAUCCUGCACGGCAUGAUCAUUAUUGUGUGAUGUCACUAGAAACUUUCGAAGAGUCACGGCGAGCAUUCGGCACCGACGAGGACAUCAUUUUCAUCGAGAACUCAAAGGUGACGUCAUGACGGUAUGCAUAUCUGCAACAUAAAGUCCAAUUAUCAUUAGAAAUAAAUUAUUUAAUAUAAGUAAGUCUCCCAUCUUGAAUUGUCGCUGCCAUCUCGAAUCUCCAUUUUUGCCGCCGCCAUCUUGAAGUCGAUGAAUUGCAUUUUAACAAUUUGAAAUUGUAUCAAUUUUUUUUUUUUUUUUUUCUUUGUUAUUGUUAUGUUACCCCAUCUACUCGCAUAUUUUGUUUUUGUUUUUUCCAUAUCAGUUAUCGUUACAAUCAUUAACAAUCAAUAUUAUCAUUAUAAAAUAUACAAUAUACAUAUAUAUGGAUUUGUUAUUCUCAAUUAAUUGCUUGUGCAAAUCAUUUUUUUGCAUCUUCACUUAUUUUUUUCAAUCUUGCUGUUUUUUUUUUUCAUUCGUCUAGAUGGGGCUAACCGAUCUUUUCAAGCUUUUUUCACAUUUUUUUUAACAAACUCAAGUCAAUUCUUUGAAAACACAAUGAAUCGUCAGUAUUAAGCGUGUGGUGUUUUUGUCUGUAUCAUGUGUACAAAAAACACAUUAAAAGUAAACCUACGCAUUCAAUAAAAAAAA